GAUAUCGGUGGUCAAAUCCUCUCCGCCCCACGCGUCCUCAGCUGCCGUCAACACUCUGUCGACUAGACAAUCACUACUGCAACCUCCACAACCAUCUCAUCAGCAUGGACAAGCGCAUGGGCAUGGAAGCCUUUAUGGGCGUAGGAGGCGGCAUGAUAUCAGAGGAGGCCGCCAGAAACCUCAAGAAAGGAGAAGAUCUAUGCCGCAGAAGAAAGCCAGAGCAAGCUUUGCCGUAUCUCUUCAAGGCGAUGGAGGAUCCCAACAAUCUCGACGCCAUCGUGCAACUGGCUUUCCUCAUGCCCACGAUGGACAUCGGGAUCAGAUUGCUCGAGGAAGGUGAAGCAAAGGGUCGGGCUCAGUUGCGCCAGAUCCUCGGACCCACCUGUUUUGACGACGACGAUGAUAAUGUCGGUCACUUCUGGGGUCUCAUCGAGACGCGUCCCUAUAUGCGCGUUCUUCAGGCCAUCGUGCGACUUGCCUUCGAAAACAAGGACUACAACAAGUCCGCGAACGCGAUCAUCGAGAUGCUUCGUCUGUGUCCAGGAGAUAACUUGGGACAGCGCUACUGGCUCGGUUCUGUGCUCCUCCAAGCUAACCGCACGGCGGACGCACUAUCUUUUGCACAAGAUUGGCUCGAUCCCCAGUACAGGGGCAGCUGGCCACCUCGUGGUGGAUGCGCCUUCCGCCCCCCCAGUCAGACGCCGCUCUCAGCCGAAGCCCUCGAGAAAGUGAAGAAUUAUGGCCACACAGGCGUCGUGUAUACAGCAGCACUCGCGUCGUACAAGCUGUGGGGUGAUUGUGACAUCGCGAGGCAGUAUUUGCGUUGUGCAGCCGCCGUCAACCCGCAUGUGUUGCUCAAGAUCUUGGCCAGAGUGGACCAGCCUAAGUCGCUGAACAACCUGCCGCGUUCAUUGAAUGGGCCCGAGGAUGCGCACGACUAUCUCUGGCUUACCCAGAACCUGUGGAUGCCUUCACACAUCUGGAACUGGGCGAACAACGAUCCAGAGGUGAAGUCUCAUGUGCUGAGGACAUGUGCGCGCUCCGGGUGUGGCGCGCGCGAAGUACGCGCAGCCGAGUUCAAGCGCUGUAGCGGCUGCAAAGAAGUCAUCUACUGUAGCCCAUCGUGCCAGAAAGAAGACUGGCCGGCGCACAAGAAGAAGUGCAAGGAGCAUCAACAGCACAAGGACUUCAUGAAAGCACUCCUAAGUGGCCGCAGACCCCCCCGCCCAGUCGACCCCGACGCGCCUAUGGUCGCUUCGGCUGACUUCAGCUCUGAUGGCAUCGCCACGACCUUUCACUAAGAACUGUGGGCCUUCCUGGCUUCGGCGCGCUCUAGAGGUGGCGUUUGAACCUUCGUGAAGCAUGCCUGCGGAAUGCUCCAUAUAGAUUGCUCUUUUCAUAACCUAGGGAGCGGAAGAGUCACGCCUCUCAGAAGUCGGUCAGAGUUUGGACCUCGGAAGAAGCGAAGUCUGGUCGUUGCCACAUUCACUCCCUAGUCCCGUCUCCCAUUGUCUCAUGUCCAUUGUGUCCGGCAUACGGCCUCCAAAUGCCCCAGUGCGGAUCGUCGACCUGAUCAUCGGCAUGCUCGUAGGCGUGCUUCGACUCGGAACUCGAGUUGCUCUCAACGGAGUUCCAAGCGGAACGGUGUGGUCGCGUAUGGCAAUGCGAAGAGAUUCCGGCGUGGACAUCGUAGGCGUCGGAGUCGCAAGCGAUAGGCUGUGUCUCAACUCUCCGUGAGGAUCAGGCAAAGAUCAAUACCAACCUCGCGCUCCGUCUCCUGUUCCGUGCCCCGGACCCACGGCUCGGCUUCGGAGUUGAUGGCUAUCGUCCCAGGGACCUCUAUCUAUGUAUGGCCCCCUGCACGGAAGCACGGGUGUGAUGCACGGAGCGCCCGUGUUCCGAUAGCUCAUCGGCGCAGGACUGGUGACGGAGGCUCAGGCUGCGCUGGACCCGUACCAUACGUUACGUACCUGCGCGAACUUUAUGUGCCUAUGCCAUAUCCGCCAACUGUGGCCCGGCGCAAGGAGCUCGAUUGCGUACGGCGGCCCUGGCCUCGCGCAUAUCCG